UUUAUUAAAACAUCUCCAGAUUAGUUUUGUUAUUUAUAUGAUAUCAUGUAAUUAUUUGUUGUGAACUAAGUUUCCUGGUAAUAUGGAUAUGAAUUACGUUGCUCAGAAAUAAAUACCGGAAGUGUAACUCUGUUGGUCUGUUCCACUUCCACAGCUCAGGACAACAAGUAUCUCAGCACAUGUAUCUCAGCUGUUAGAAACAGAGAACGCUUAUUUUUUCGGGGUGAUAGUUUUCAGACCUCGUUAUGGGGAAGAAGAAAGCAGGAGGAGGAGCUGGACUCGGCAGAUCUCUGAUGAAGGAGAGACUUCAGGCGGGCAGGGGGAACAAGAGGGGAGACUCCUGGCUUCACACCAGCGAACUGAAUGAUGGCUAUGACUGGGGUCGUUUGAACCUGCAGUCGGUGACAGAGCAGAGCUCCAUGGAUGACUUUCUGGCCACAGCUGAACUGGCAGGCACGGAGUUUGUUGCAGAGAAACUCAACAUUAAGUUUGUUCCAGCCGAAGCCAGAGCAGGCCUGCUGACAGCUGAGGAGAAAAGCAGGUUAAAGAAGCUGCACGAGGAAAACAAGCAUUUCCUCCGAAUUCCCCGGCGCCCUCACUGGGAUGAAAGCACCACUCCAACUCUACUUCAGCAGACAGAGAAUGACAGCUUCUUGCAGUGGAGACGAGAACUUGCACAAUUGGAAGAGGAACAGAAGUUGAUUCUAACACCGUUUGAGAGGAACCUUGAGUUCUGGCGACAGCUGUGGAGAGUUAUCGAGAGAAGUGACAUCGUCGUUCAGAUUGUUGAUGCCAGGAAUCCUCUGCUAUUCAGAUGUGCUGAUCUGGAGGCGUAUGUAAAGGAGGUGUCACCAAAUAAAGUGAACAUGCUUCUGGUGAAUAAGGCAGACCUUCUGACCCGGGAGCAGAGGAAAGUCUGGGCCAAGUAUUUUGAGAAGGAGGGUCUUAGGGCUGUUUUCUGGUCUGCCCUGGCUGAGGGUAACAGACUAGAUGCCGAAGAAAAGGGCAUGGAAGUUGAUGACCCAGAAAGUGUAGAGAGUGAUCCAGAAGGAGGCAGAUCCCCACAUAGAGCCGACAUUAAUCAAAACGCGAUAGAGGGAGAGGAAAAAGUGGAGGAAGAGCAGGAAGGAGAAGAGAGUGGUGUUGAAGAAGAUCAACAGGACAAUGUAGUUGUCAAUGAGGAGGAUUGGCAGACCUGCUCAGAAGACGAGGAGGAGGAAGCUGAAGGAGGAACUACCAGCUCUUCUGGUAAACCCUUUCACAACUCCAGCCGACUGCUGCACAAAGAUGAGCUGUUGGACAUGUUUAAAGCUGCACACAAUGGGCUCAGGUGUAAAGAACAACAACUGACAAUAGGACUGGUUGGGUAUCCUAACGUGGGAAAGAGUUCCACCAUCAACACUAUUUUAAGGAACAAGAAAGUGUCUGUUUCAGCCACACCAGGGCACACUAAGCACUUUCAGACUCUCUACGUGGAACCAGGCCUCUGUCUCUGUGAUUGUCCCGGUCUGGUGAUGCCCUCAUUUGUUUCUACCAAAGCUGAGAUGAUCUGUUCCGGGAUUCUGCCUAUUGACCAGAUGAGGGAUCAUGUACCUGCAGUGUCCCUGAUAUGUCAGACAAUUCCUCGGCAUGUGUUUGAAGGCACAUACGGCAUCAACAUCAUCAGACCACGAGAAGAUGAAGACCCCGACAGACCCCCCACCUCUGAGGAGCUGCUGACAGCGUAUGGAUAUAUGAGAGGUUUUAUGACGUCCCAUGGCCAGCCUGAUCAGCCCAGAUCAGCUCGGUACAUCCUCAAGGAUUACGUUACUGGUAAGUUGCUGUACUGCCAUCCUCCUCCGCACAUUAAUCCUGAAGACUUUCAACCUCAGCACAGCAAAUUCCAGAAAAGGGAGUUGGACAGCUGGGACCUCUCCGCUGUAACAAACAGACCACAGAAAAUCAAGAGGAUUGAAAAUGUUGUUGACAAAAACUUCUUCCAUCAGGAUAAUGUCCGGGCGCUCACCAAAGGAGUUAAGUCUAUCAUGGGCUACAAACCAGGCAGCGGACCAGUCGGCCCAGGGAGCUCCGUGUCAGAGACGAUGGGGGGCAAGCACUGGAAAAAACACGGCAACAGAAACAAAAAGGAGAAGCUGCGACGGAUUACAAAGCAUCUGGAUGGUUGAUGAUGACUAUCUGAACUCCAUAUGAUUUCAGAUGUGAUGAAAUAUCUAGAAGAGCAGUUCACAUGUCAUCCCAAAUGACCCUGACGUAGUUGGAUAGAUGCCUCUUAAUUCUGUGAAUAGGGAGAGGUCUUGAUCUUAGCUGUGAAAUGCUCUGAUAUGUAGAUGGUAAAGUUUGAAAUCAUCUAUGGGCUGAAUCAUGAUGUUUGGGAGCUGAAGCACCAAGCAUCCAGAGUGAAUAUUUGUAAUAAAAAAUAACAUUCUUUUUUUAACAGUUAAAUGGUUAUGGAGUGCUGCUUUUUUCCACCUGUAGCGAUGAUUUAUGUCCCCAGAUUGAGCUCCUAAAAAAAUUGGCAUCAGUUGCAAUCUGUGGUCUACCACAAUAUCUUUAGUUUUCAUAACAAUGUUUUUCUAUGAAGAGAAGCUCAUUAAAAUAUAGAAAAAAGA